UAUAUAUAAACCCUUGUCACCCUUUCAUUUCAACACACAAACAAUAUUUAACUACACUUGCCUUUUAAACACUUUCUAAAACCCUUCAUUUAGUUUUUCUUUUCUCUCCCUUGAGAUGGAAAGUGUUAACCCAUUGACUGAAAAAGGAGCCGUGAACCACCCAGUGGCUACAAACCCAAUGACUAAUUUGUCAAGUGGACCAGCUGCUGCUGCUGCUGCCAACAGGAUGCACCCAAUGAAUCAUGAUACUGGCCAUCAUGCAACUACUGGACAUCACAUCAACCCUUUGAAUGCCCAGAUCAAUCCACAUGCUGUGGUCAAACCAGUGAGUCAUGACAUGGUACCAGCAGCUGUGGUACCUGCUGUUCAUACAACUCCGAUCAAUCCACGGAUAUCAAAUCUAGCAGCAGCUAGGCUUCCACACAGGAGAGGUGAUCAUCACAUGUUCAUGGCAUCUGAUGAUAAUGCAAUGAUGAAGCACAUUGAAGAAACCCAUAUCCCUGAUGGCCGUGAUUUUGAUGUCAAGCCUCUUGUCCAUGUUAUUGAGGAAAUUGUGCAUCGCGCGACUCCAAUUGCUAGCAAUGUUCAUGAAGCUAAAGUUAAAGCACAUCUGGAAGCAUUGGAAGAGAAGGUUCCUCAAAGUGGACUUACUGAAAUACUCAACUAUUUGGCAUAUCCUAUACAUAGGAUUAAUAUGGAGUUGAUAAGCAAAUGUGCUAACAAAGAAGAUGCGCAUUCAACAACAAUGUCACUGCUUCACUCGCUCACAACCUAUGCCUGGGACACGAAAGUCGCAAUAACAUUCGCGGCUUUCGCCCAACAAUACGGUCAAUUUGGGCUGCUUGUUCAUCAAUAUACCACAAAUCCACUGGCCAAGUCUGUUGCAAUAAUCAUGGAACUUCCAGAAAUCAUGGUGCGUCAAGAUGUUCUGAGGCAAAAAUUCGAUGCCAUCCAUGAUCUGGUCGACAAAAUGUUGGACGUCACCAAGUGCAUCAUCCAGUUCAGAGACAUUCAAACAUCCAACCAGCAGUAUGUUAUCACACAAGAAUUGGAAAAGUUGAUCAAUACAGCCCAUAUUUCCACUGCUGCUUACUGGACUAUAAGGGCUGCUGUCAUGUGUUCAGCUAUGAUUUUGAAUCUCAUUGCCCUCGGCCACGAGCAUAUAUCCUCAACAUCCGAGGCUUGGGAGAUAUCUAGUUUGGCUCACAAGCUGGCAAACAUAUUGGAUCACCUGAGAAAGGUUCUUAACCUUUGUCACCAAAAGAUUGAGGAGAGAAGGCAACAUGAUGCAUUCGAAGCACUUCUGCGACUUCUCAGGACACCUCACAUCGAUAACAUGAAGAUACUCUCAAUCUUGAUUUACUCCAAGGAUGACCAGCUCCCACUUUUUGAUGGAACUCAUAAGAGAAGGGUAAGUCUUGAUGUGCUAAGGAGGAAGCAUGUAUUACUUUUGCUAUCCGACCUAGACAUUGCGCCAGAAGAGCUCUUUAUUCUCCAUCACAUGUACGCUGAAUCAAAGACACAACCAAACAGACCAGAGAGCAACUACGAGGUUGUCUGGAUCCCUGUCGUCGACAAGAGAAUAACUCCAUGGACUGAAGCCAAACAAAUGAAAUUUGAAGAAGUACAAGCUUCAAUGCCAUGGUACUCAGUGGCACAUCCUUCAAUGAUUGAUCCAGCAGUGAUAAGAUGCAUCAAAGAGGUGUGGGGAUACAAUAAGAAGCCACAGCUUGUUGUUCUUGAUCCUCAAGGGAAAGAAGCAAACAACAAUGCUUACCAUAUGUUGUGGAUUUGGGGAAGUUUGGCCUUUCCUUUUACCAAAGCUAGGGAAGAAGCUCUCUGGAAGGAACAAACUUGGACUAUUGAACUCUUAGCUGAUUCCAUUGAUCAAAACAUUUUCACCUGGAUUAGUGAAGGCAAAUGCAUAUGCUUGUACGGAGGAGAAGAUAUUGAAUGGAUCAGAUCAUUCACCACUGCAACGCGGGCUGUUGCAAAUGCAGCCCGCGUCCCACUAGAGAUGCUCUACGUGGGAAAAAGAAACCCAAAAGAAAGAGUCCGCAAGAACAGCUCGAUAAUUCAAGUCGAAAACUUGAGCCACGUGGUGCAAGACCAGACUCUCAUUUGGUUCUUCUGGGAAAGGCUAGAAAGCAUGUGGCACUCCAGGACUCAACAAGACAUCCCCGGUGAAACUGAUCCGAUCCUUCAGGAAAUCGUGACAAUUCUGAGCUAUGAUGGAAGUGACCAAGGAUGGGCAGUUUUCAGCCGCGGAUUGGCUGAAAUGACUAGAGGUAAAGGUGACCUGAUAGUGCAGGUUAUGAAAGGAUUUGAUCGUUGGAGACAUGAAGUGAGUGACAUUACUACUUUUGUUCCUACAUUGGACCGUCAACUGCGUGAUCUUCAUAGUCCUCAUCACUGCACUCGCCUAAUUCUGCCGGGUACCACUGGACAUAUUCCUGAGAGAGUGGUUUGUGCAGAAUGUAGCCGUCCGAUGGAGAAGUUUAUCAUGUAUCGCUGCUGCAUUGAGUGAGGAUUUACGGAGGUUGAUUUAUAUGAUUAACUAUCUUGGCGUUGCUCCUGAAGGACUAUAUAUUUGAAUAAAAUUACCAUUACUAGUCCUCUAGUGAGUUCUAAGUAUUAUUGUUCUUAUUCUAAUUUAUCCGUCUGCUUAGAAUAAAAAUGCCAUGUACUGGCUUUUUGAUAUUCAUGUACUUGUUUUGAGAUUUGAGUGUGUGAUGUAAUGCUAUUGCGUUAUGCAAUAGUGAAAAUCAAUAAACAGCUUUUCCGAUUAUAAAAUCCUUUUUGUUUUA